UUGCAAACUAUCACUCUUGACAAUGCAACGUCGAAUGAUGUUGCGGUUAGUGAGUUGAUUCGUCAUAUUCUACAGGAUUCGAUUGAUAUUGAAGAUGAAGUUUUUCAUAACCGUUGUCUUGCGCAUAUUCUUAAUCUCAUUGUAAAGGAUGGACUAAAAAAAAUUUCUGAAGGGAUUAAAAUGAUUCGUGGUUGUGUCAAAGCUAUACAUACAUCGCCAAAGUGGCGUCAAAUAUUUGUUGAUGCUUGUGAAUAUGAAUCGGUUAGAGUUAAAAUUCUACCUUUGGAUUGUGAGACCAGGUGGAAUUCCACAUUCUUGAUGUUACAAUCAGCAAUAGAGUUAAAAGCU